AUGGCGACCACUCGUCAGCAGCCCGUGUGGCAAGACCCAAAGACGCAGUCCAAAGCAGAGACGCUGCCGGCGCUCAAAGUGUACAAUUCCCUGACGCGCAGCAAGACGCCCUUCACGCCUCUCGAUCCCGCAGGCAAGGCCGUGACAUGGUAUGCUUGCGGGCCGACGGUAUACGAUGACGCCCAUCUAGGACAUGCACGCAACUAUGUCUCUACCGAUAUCAUUCGGCGGAUCAUGCGGGACUACUUCAAAUUCGACAUGAAGUUCGUCAUGAACAUUACAGACGUGGAUGAUAAGAUUAUUCUCAGGGGCCGGCAGCAGCACUUGUUUGGGGAGUUUGUGGAAAAGCACAAGGAGAUUGACGAGGAGGUGCUCGACACCACGACAAAGGCGUACGCCGCAUAUAUCAAGAAGAACUUGAAGGAGCUGCCGGAGGGAGUCGACCCGCAACACUUCCCUGCAGAGUCGAUGCGUGUAUAUCAGAAAGUGCUGUUUGGUGGUGCUCUGGAAGGAGAUGGGCCGGCUGGGGACAAGGAGGCGAAGGUCAAGAUGCACAUCAAGACUGCUACAUCGGCGGCAGAGGUGUUGAGCAGCGCAUCGGACACGUCAAAGAAGAUUAAGCCGGCAGAGUUCUAUGCCAGGGCGGAGGAUGUGCUACUGCCAUAUCUAGAUAGUCUGUACGGCGCCGCGCUCGACACAAGCGACCACAGCAUCUUCACGAAGCUAACGAAGAAGUUCGAGGACCGCUUCAUGGAAGACGUUCGGGCAUUGAACUGCCUGGAUCCAGAUGUGCUCACACGCGUGACCGAAUACGGUCCUCAGAUAGUAGAUUUCGUGCAGAAGAUUGAGAAGAACAGCUUCGGCUAUGCGACCUCAGACGGCUCGGUGUACUUUGACAUUGACGCCUUCGAGAAGGCCGGAAAUAACUACUCUCGCCUGGAACCGUGGAAUCGCGGAAACCAGGAACUACAGGCGGACGGCGAAGGUUCUCUGACGAACAAGACAUCGGAGAAGCGAUCAGAUGCCGAUUUCGCGCUUUGGAAGUCCUCGAAGCCGGGCGAGCCGUACUGGCCUAGUCCAUGGGGUCAAGGGCGGCCCGGGUGGCAUAUUGAGUGCUCAGCUAUGGCGUCGGAUGUACUAGGCCCGAAGAUUGACAUUCACAGUGGCGGUAUCGACCUCGCCUUCCCUCACCACGACAAUGAGCUCGCUCAGAGCGAGGCGUUCUGGGCGAAUCAAGAAACUGGACAUGGGCAUGAUCAUGGUGAUGGUACGCAUCAAUGGGUCAAUUACUUUCUGCAUAUGGGCCAUCUGUCCAUCUCUGGCUCGAAGAUGAGCAAGAGUCUGAAGAACUUUACGACAAUCCGAGAGGCGCUGCAGCGAGGCGAGUGGACGCCUCGCGGCCUACGGAUUGUCUUUCUACUAGGCGGCUGGCACGACGGUGUUGAGAUUACCCCUGAGCUCGUCAAGGCUGGCGAGUCGUGGGAGGACAAGGUGCAGAACUUCUUCUUGAAAGCACAAGACCUCCAAAGAAACCCCAAGACGAGCACGCCGAACGCGGACGCCGACUCUGCGCUCGCUGAGGCCUUGAGCUCAGCGCAGUCGGCACUGGAUGUUGCGCUUUGCGAUUCUUUCGAUACCCCAGCUGCCAUGCGCACCAUCUCUCAGCUCAUCACACAGUACAAUGCCAGAGAGAAAGAGAUGCUGUCGCCAGAGACUGUGCUGAGUGCAGCUCGAUGGAUCACCAACAUAGUGACCGUGUUUGGUCUUAACGGAUCUGCUCGUGUGGAUGCUGCCAACGCCAUUGGCUGGGCAGGUGCUGACAUUCCAGACGUCGCCAAGCAGUUCAUCUACCCAGCCGCCAAACUCCGCGACGAGAUUAGACGGCGAGCAAUUGCUGGUCAGAUCUCGAGCGAGGAAGUAGAGAGGCUUGCGUCAGAGGACGUUGCGGCGAAACAUCAGGAGAUGAACGCAGUCCCGUAUGCAGAAGUUCUUAGCCAGUUCCAAGAAGACGUCAGGGCCCUUGGCUCCAAAAGCGCUCCGUCUAAGGACUAUCUCGCGCUUUGCGACAAGCUCCGAGACGUUCAACUCUGGGAUCUUGGCAUAUACCUCGAAGAUCGUGAGGGAGGGCAGCCUGCAAUGGUUCGCCCUGUAGACCAGCAACUGGUCGCCGAGCGAGCUGACAAGGAAGCGCGCGAGCAGGCGAAGAAGGACGCCAAGGCCAAGCGCGAGAAGGAGGAGGCAGAGAAGGCAGCUAAGAAGCUGGAGCAAGCAAAGCUGAGCCAUCUGGACAUGUACAAAACAAAAGAAUACUCAGCAUGGGACGACGAGGGCCUGCCCACAAAAGACGCCAAGGGCGAUGAGAUCCCGAAGAAUAAGACAAAGAAGCUGAAGAAGGAGUGGGAGAAGCAGAAGAAACUGCAUGAAGAGUGGAAGGCCAGGUCUACUUCAUGA